AUACCGAGUACGAAAUUAUUGUUUGUAAGAUUUUUUAAAAUUGUAAAACUUAUAAUUAGUGCUGUUAAAUUUUUGAAAAAAUAGUAUUAAUUUAUUAAAUAGAAAACUGUGCAAAUUUGAAAAUAAUUGUAACUAAGAAUUUUGAAAUGGAAAUAUAAAAAUUUUGAAACAUGAGGAUGCAGCAGUAGACUAGAUGAAUAGUUUUCAGUUCCUUUUGGAAAAAAGAUUUAUGAAAUUUGAUUGUGUAAAAGUGUAAAAUAGUGAAUAUCUGUAUUUGUUCUAAGCAGACAUAUUCAGGAUAUUCGGGAAAUAGUUAAAAUUUUAUGGAAAUUUAUAUAAUUUAUAUCAAUGGAAAGAAUAAAAGGAUAAGAAAAGACACUUCCGGAUUACACACAAAAAAAAAAUGUUUCUAUAAUGCAUAAGUGAAUAUUUAAUAUUAGUAAGGUGUUUUAAAAAACAUUAUAUUUUUUUCGAGUACAAGAUUCACUUCUUAAGAACCUAUCAUAUUAUCAAAAUAAAAAAAUAAAAGUUGGGAAUUUUUUAACCAUAACAUUAAAAAUUUAAUAUCACCAUGGAUCCACAAGGACCAUGGUCAUAUAUAUAUAACCGAAUUGCAGUUCCAACUGUAACCACAGCCAAUGAUUUACAACAUUCGCAUUUGGCAACAAUAUCAGCUGCCACCCAAAAUCCUAGUUCAUUCGUUUUACAAGCCGCUCAUUCCGCUGGAUUGUCGGGCUUUAAUACAACUGGCGCUAGCUUUGUUACUCCAACGCAAUUACCAGCUUACGACCCAAGCGUUUUAAAUACAUUAUAUCAUCACGCAACAGCUGCUGCUAUACCAAAGCCAGCACACUAUGCUUCAACAUCCUUAAAUGCUACUCAUAGACAAAUUCAAAUUACUCCUGUUGAAAAACCUGUUGAACGUACGCAGCAAACAUAUAGUCAACAAUCAUCAGGAGGGGGUUCAUUUUAUUCUGGAAACUCUGGAGGCUCGAGUGCUACAACUCCGGCAGCUGCGACACCAUCACCAACCACCAGUGUUGUAACAACACCAACAUUAUCUUGGCAAGGUCAAAGUGUUAACACUUUUGGGAUUUUGCCUCAUAAUAACAAAACAAACAGUUACCAGGAUAAUUAUGGCAGUUACUCCACCCAAGAUAAUCGUUCGGAAUCACCAGACGAAUCAUCUAAUUCUGCCGAAAAUCAAUAUUAUCGGCAAGCAACAAAUUAUAAUGAUACUAGUUUUAAUACAAAUAAGUCAGCAUUUACACCGACUCAACAGCAACAACAACAACAACAAACUCAACAACAGCAACAAUGCGCCAUUGAUGCUAGAACUUCAGUUGCAAAAAAGCAAAAUCUUUAUAAUAAAUCGAGAAGUGGUAAUCAACAACAGUCUCAAACUCAGGCACAGUCUCAACAACAGACACAACAAGCACAACAGCAUCAAAUACAGCAACAAGCUUUGCAAUUAGUUCAAACUAAAGCUCAAACUAAAGCUUAUGCUGAACAACAAUCGGAAGACAGUUCAACGCUUGGGUUUUAUGCAAUUGUUGAUGGAAAAUUGGUAUAUACAACCCAGGGCAGCAAUCCAACCAAUUUAGCUUCGAAAACUAACACAAUCGUUGUACCUCAACGAAAGCAACCAAGUCCUCCACAACCGCAGCAACAACAGCAGCAACAACAACAACAGCAGCAGCAACAGCAACAGAGUCCAUACUAUGAAAGUUCAUCAAUGCAAUCUUUAGGCUCACCUAACACUCAAGGAAAUCAAUCGAAUAAUGCUAGCAAUAUGAACAAUUCUGCUGUUGCUUACUCAUCUGUGAUACAACGAGCUCUUCAACAGCAACAACAAAAUAAUUGGGGUCAACAGCCACAAAUUGGGGCCUUACAUAACUUAGCUGCUGUCGCUAAAGCUACACAAGAACAUCUUCAACAACAACAGCAACAACAACAACAACCGACCGCUCAACAACAACAAACGCAAAAUCAACAACAACAAGUAACAGAAAAGUAUGUUGUUACAGCUCAAAAUCCAUUAACAGCGCAACUGCAACAUCAACAAAAGAUCGAGUCGCCUCCACCUAAAAAGCAGCCUGCAAAAAGGGCUCCGAGAAAAAAGAAAGAUCCAAAACGCGAGGAAAGUUACGAAGAUGAAUAUGUAGGAAAUCAGCGACAUCAAUUGCAGCAGCAAACGCAACAACCUUCGCAAACUCAGCAGCAAACAAAUGGAAACACGUAUUAUGAUUUAAAUAAUAGAUGGAAUGUCCAACAAGGUAGUGCAUCGUCAAAUCAACAGCAAACACAACAACAGCAACAACAACAACAGCAACAACAACAACAGCAACAACAGCAGCAGCAACAGCAACCACAACAACAGCAAAAUAUAAAUAUACCUAAUCCAGCUACACAAUUUCCUUAUUAUCCAUCAGCCUUCCCACAACAGCAAAUUCCUUUGUCUUAUUCUAACAUAAAUCAGUCAAAUGUGUAUCAUCAACAAACACAACAACAACCACAACCUCAACAGCAACAACAGCCACAACAACAAUCACAGCAACCACAACAGCAGACACAACCGGCGCAAUCACAGCAACAAACACAACCCCAGCAACAAACGCAACCACCGCAACCGCAACAACAACCGCAACCUCAACAGCAUCAGUCUCAAACACCAACUCCUUCAGUGGCAUCUCAACCAACAGCGCAGCAACCUCAAUCCAAUCAAUCAGCACUGGAUCAGAUCGUGGAGCAAGAAAAAAGAGAAAAAGUUAUUGUCCCCAAUAUUGAGGAAGAAUUGGAACAUCUUACUCCCGGUGCGGCGCUGAAACCGUAUGGUACAUCUACGCAAAAUCCAAGUGCAGCCGCAAUUAAUAAAGUUACAGUCGUUAAUAAUAUUACUCUUAAAAAGCCUGAGGAAAUAAAAUCAACUCCUCCGCCUACUCCACAAACAAAUUCUUCAUUUCCUCCAAUAAAAAAACCAACAGGUCCCGGGGCUGGUUUUAUGGAAAGUUAUUUAAAAUUUUUGCAAGGGGGCGAAAGGGAAGAUUCACCUCCACCGAUUACAACUCGUCACAGACGCCAACCAACAUCAUAUCAGCGUAAUGCAGUCAAUAAAGUAACCAAUACUACAACUAAUUCAACAAACCCAACAAUAACACCAGCAACACAAGCUUGUGCUGGCGCUGGUAAUCAACUAAAUAAAGUAACGUCAACUGUUGGUACAAAUAAUAGUGAUAGUCCAGUUAAAAGAAAAGCUGAAGAUGAAGAAAAUCAGUCGCAACAGUCACAGGCGCAACAACAAGUUCCUACUAGCCCAUUAACGGUGCCUAAAAAAAGGCCUCAAAUGCAAAUGCAAAUGGCCGCCGCAGCAGCUGCUUCCACAACAUCAACGACAAUACCACCACAACAAAAUAAUAUUAGCAAUUCAACGUUUGGUAAUAAUCAAUUUCAAUAUAAUCAUCAUACGAUCCAACAACAACAAACUACUGCUGGACACAAUAGCACGAGUACUGUUGGCAGCGCUAGCGGUAAUACCUCCGCUGGAAAUACUCUUGGACAACAACAAAAUAUGGGAGCUACUGGACAACAUUCACAGUUCCCCCAAACUCCAGAAGAAGUUAAUUUGGAUCCAUUAAAUUUGCCACCGAUGAGAGAAGCUCCCCUACGUCAAGCAAAAACAAGGGGGUCGGGUAAAAUACAGCAAAUCAUUCAGGGACCGUCCGACGAAGUAGAAGACUUACCAGAGUUUGGAGACUCUGAUACAGAUCCUGUAUGGACUCCAGAUGAUGCCGAUAGUGACGGUGGCCAAAGAGGUGGUAAUAAGAGAAAAACUUCAAGACGAGCAAAAGUUUUUUCAAAAUCUCCACGUCAAAGAGUUUUAACACAACAGAUGAUUCAAGAUGAUGGUGAUAUGUCUAUGACAGACAUAACUUCAAAUAAUGAUCCGCAUAUAAUGAUACAAUCUCAGGAACAGCAGCAACCUCAGCUACAUUUAAUGGAAACACAACAACAACAGCAGCAAAAUUUGCUCAUUAAUUCGCAACACCAUCAACAACAACAUCAACUACAGUUACAUCAAAAUCAAUUACAACAUCAACAACUAAAUUUGCAUGAAAUCCCAUCAAUUAGUGCAAUGUCUUCUAAUCAUUCCAGUGAUUUUAAUAUCGGUGAUUUUGUGGUUUUACGAUCGAAUUUAUUUCAAGAUUGGCCACCUAUAUGGCAAGUUGAUUCAAAAUCUGUUUUACAAAAAUUUGAACCAUUUUUCCAAAACGGAAAAAUGCUUUAUAAGAACAUGUGCAAAUAUAAUGGUUUAAAUAGCGAGUCUAAGAAACUCUAUGUAAAGGCCCCAGUGAAAGUGCGUAUGCAAAAUGGUACUCAAAAAAUUGUAGAAUUUAUGCGAUCAGAAAUGGUCAUAGAUGAUUCAGAACAAUAUAUUGAAAAAAUAAUGAAAGAUUACAUGUGUCAUAAGGACAACUUUGAAGUAUACGUUCAAACAAUGAUAUCGCAGGCUUUAGAUCCUAGCUUUUUUGGUGUUAUAUUAAAAGAAAAUGAUGAAUACUUUCUUUCAAGUAUAAAAUUAAUCGAUGCAAUAUUAGAAAAUUCUAAAAAGAAAUUAAUAUCCAUAACACCAUGGAAUAGAAGUAUUGUCGCUUCAAUAGAGACUUGGCCUAAUGCAAAUACCUUUACGGAAGUGGACGAUCAAAUAAAGAAUGUGAGAGAUUGUGCUGGCUGCCACCAAUUUGGUAUAUCGGACCGCUUUGUGCUAUAUGGCCAACCAUAUGAUUUCGGUACAUUGGAAGCUGUACAAGUUGAUUCAAGAAUGUGUAGUGAAAAAGAUUUAUAUUUUUGUCGAAUAUGUGCUGCCAGAGCGACAUUAUUACAUAAAAUUGCUCAUGCCAAGUAUAAAUUGUUUGUUAUGUGCUCAGAGAAAGUUUCAGAAAUGCAAACGAUGGAUCCAACAAAGCCGUCAACUGGUAUUUUAAAUGAUCUGCUGGCAGACAAUCAUUGGUUAGAUAAAUUAUUUUACAAUAUACGAAAUUCAUGGGCUGAAGUAGACAGUUUGGAACGACAGAAACGUUUUAAUUAAACAAAAAAAUUAAAAAUAAUUUCGUUUUAAUAAAUUGUUAAUAUUAAGAAUAUUUUUUACUUAAGUGCGAAUUGUAAUUUUAGUUUACACAUAUUACAUUUGCUGAUAGGAAAAUCAAAAAUUUUAUUUUUAUGUUUUUCAAUUUAAAAUUUUAUUACAUUUUUUUUUUUUUUGAAUUCCAAUUAACAAAAUUUGAACUGUUUAAAUUUAAAUGUGAGUAUAAUAUAAAGUUAAUCACAAGUAAAAAGUUACUUACUAAAUGAAAUUAGAAAAAUAAUAAUUUUACAAGGUAAAAUACAACGUAAUUCUUACUACAUAGUAUGGAAAAAAAUAAAUAAUUUUGAGAAUAAUUUAAAGUUUGCUUAAUAAUUAUCGAAACAAAAUUAUAAAAUAUAUUAAA